CUGAAAGAUUACUAGCGGGAAAAGAAAGGAAAAGACCGUUGAUUUCAAAAUAAAACGUCGCUCGCGUUUCAUAAUUACGUAAAUCACAUUGGAUUGCCUUUGUGUAUAAAACCCACAAUGGAAUUCAAGACAUAAUACCUAAUUAUACUAAUUGCAGCGUACGAUGUUUACACUUAAUCAACGCUUAUGGCGUGUUCAUAUUAAUUUUGUGACUUUAAACCGGUUGCUGCUGCCUGUGGUUAUAGCUAACUUGACGAGUAUACGGAGCCGGUUGACGUUCAGAAGUGAAAGGCUGUGUUCGAAACCACACAUCUGUCGUCUCCGGUUCUACUGCUUUGUGUUGCUGACGGCGUCCGCCUCCUUGGAGUCUCCCCGGUUUGGUUGGUGUGUUUUGUAUCCGAAAGCAAACAUGGAGAUCGAGAAGGAAGUGAAGAAGAUGACGCUGGGACAUGAGUUUGGGGCGGGAGCGUCCUGCUUGAAGUGUAAAGACAAGUGUGAAGGCUUUGAGCUUCACUUCUGGAGAAAAAUCUGUCGGAAUUGCAAAUGUGGCCUGACGGAGCACAACGUACAGAUGAUCUCUGAGGAGAACAAGAAGGUCGGCAAGCUGUUCGAGGACACCAAGUACACAGGCCUCAUCGCCAAGCUCAAGACGGACGGCGUCUCCAUGUACCGCAGCAACGCCAUCACCAUCACGCUACCCACCCAGGCCACUGCUCACACAGUCUUACCUUCCACCGCAUCCAACGCCGUGCAUCAUGCAGCCUCAUCCUCAGCCACCGUGCCUCCAGCCACUGCAGCUGCUUCUGUGCGACCAGCUGCAGACUUUGGGGGGGCAGGGUCCAGGGCUGUUGCUGUUGCCGUUGCCCCACUCAAAGUGACCACAGCGACAGCUUCCAUCGGUUCCUCUACAGCUGAUGUUGUGCCGGUCGCCCAAGAUACCCCCCUGAAGUCUGUCACGUACGAUUGGGCCCCCCCUGUGGCGAACAAAUAUGUGGCGGUGCGCUACAUUGAGCUGCUCCCACCAGAGAAGCGCCCUGUGGCGGGCUCGGAAGGAGCUGCUUACCGUCGUCAGCAAAUGGCCCACCAGCUACCCGAACAUGACCAGGACCCCGCCAAGUGCCACGAGCUGAGCCCGGCCGAGGUCAAGCAAAUGCAGCAGUACGUGCGCAAGUACAAGGAUGAGGCCCUGGGGAUUGGGGACGUCAGGUUACCCGAGGAGAUGGUUCUGGUGCAGGCGGCGGCGGGUCAGAGUGGACCACUUGGUGCUGGUGCAGCUGGAGGGGCUAAAGGUGGAGCUGUAUCCACCAGAGUGGGCUUGAAAGAUGCUGCUGGAGUUGGAGGGACUGGAGAUGGGGCCACUUCAGCAGGUUCAGGUACAGCUGGAGGCAAUGUGGGUACUGCAGCCACCGCUGGAGCCAUGGUUGCCCCUGGAGCGCAACAAACUGGACCCUCACAGCAAAACUUUUCAUGCCACCACUGCAAGCAGCCGAUGCGUAUGGGUGACCCUGCCGUGUACGCCGAGCGUGCAGGCUACGACAAGAUGUGGCACCCAGCAUGCUUUGUGUGCUGCACGUGCAACGAGCUGCUGGUGGACAUGAUCUACUUCUGGAAGAGGGGCAAGCUCUACUGCGGCCGUCACUACGGUGACAGUGAGAAGCCACGCUGUGCCGGUUGCGAUGAGCUGAUCUUCAGUAACGAGUACACUCAGGCUGAGGGUCAGAACUGGCACCUGAAGCACUUCUGCUGCUUCGAGUGCGACCUCAUCUUGGCGGGAGAGACCUACGUGAUGGAACAGGAAAAGCCUGUCUGCACUCCCUGCUACAUGAACAACUACGCUGUGAAAUGCUCAUCCUGCCAGCAGUCGGUGGACCCAGAGGCCCAACGCGUGUCGUACGGCGACUACCACUGGCACGCGGCAGCCCAGUGCUUUAAGUGCUCAGGGUGCAGCAAGUGUCUGAUUGGCCAACGCUUCAUGGCGGUGAAGGCUUGCCUCUUCUGCUCUGUGGAGUGCAAGAAGAACAGCGCUGCCUAGAUGCUCCUAAAGGUACCACACUCGGAACCAGAACUCUGUGACAGUCGUGGUGAGGUAAACAUGUCAAUUAGUCUACAAAAAGAGCCAAAUGGUGUUGGGCCAUCAAGUCUACUGCUCUUUUGUUUUGUACCCCAGCUCUCAUAUAACCGUAAUAGCACUGAUAAAGCAGCAACACAACUUUCUCACGCUUUCAACUGCUGACCGUCACCAUGCAACAUUCCUAUAGCCUCAUAUUGCUGCCUUAAAAUAUUAAUUUCUGCUUUUGAUAAUGACUCAAUACUUUUUGAAUGUUUUUUUUAAUACACUUUCUCAGGAAGCAUUGUGAGGAUGAUACAUGACCCGCUACACAAUGUCAAUAGUAAAGUUUCGGCUGCCAUUCCUCAGCUAUAGUUCAUACAGUAAUGCAUCAUUAUGCACAUAUUAAAGAGAACUGUGAUACAAUGACAGGAUGGCUGUAUUUCAUUGAAAUCUGUAAUAAAAGUCUUUAAAAAUGCAAA